CACUGGACAUGUUUCGCAUUUUCUGAAAGGAAAUUGGUUAAUUGGACAUGUUUGAUGAUCUUUUAUUAAAAGUAUGUAUUUUUGUAACUUUCAUUUAGUUGGCAGUGAUUUGUUGAAAUGACCAAUUAGCUACGAACGUUCCUAUUUUGGACAGUUUAUGAAUCGAGUCAUUUGCAUUGAUACCGGUGGAGCAAGGCCAACCAUUGGUAUCGAAAACAUCGACCUUUGCCUCGAACCACCGCUGGUCUCCAGUUACGCACCAGUAAGGACAAACAUGAUUGGUCACCUCUUGUGACUGUUGGCAAACUUGUACACGUCGGCAUCAACGCACUGCGGAUGUUCCCAAACUUCGUCUCUUGGUCAACAUCAAACACCUUUUUGUGGAUAAUACCAAAGAGUCCGCUUGCUUCCUGUUCGAGACAUGGCGGCACUGUAACGCAGGGAAAGUUGUAGUUGGCCAACUGUUUAACGCGACGUUGACACGCUCGCUCAUUUCCGCGUAUUUUCGUCUCCCGCAUGUGUCAUAGGACAGAAUGUACGUGCCUAAAGUUGUCCAAUGAAAGACAAAAGUUGUUUUCCAAAGGGUAUCAUGGGACCUCUCGACGUUUGAACUCGGACAAGAUGAGAUUUCGGUUGGCUAAGAAAAACCUUUUCCUGCUCCUGUGCGUCUCCUUGGCGGUGUGGACUCUUCUGCUGUCCACGCGUGCGCUGUCGGUCUCCGAGCGUCAGGGAGCAAACGGGGGCCUCCAGAGAUCGCGGGUAGAGGUGGGAGGCUCUCUGCCAGAGUUGACGGCGUCCAUCCACUCUGUCAAUCACCAGCAGCUUGUUAGGAACGUGCACAAGUUUCCUUUGGAGCCUGAGUUGGUGGUGGUCGUGCAGGUCCACGAGGCUCCACAACACCUGCGACUCCUGGUGGAGUCCCUGGAGAAAGCAGCACAGGUCCACAGGUUCCUCCUCGUCUUCAGCCACGGCUUCUUCUCGGCGGAAAUCGACGCCAUUGUGCAAGGCAUCACUUUCUGCAAGGUGCUGCAGAUUUAUUUCCCGUUCAGCACGCAGCUGUUUCCCACGGAGUUUCCCGGGCAAGAUCCACGGGACUGCCAGCGGAACACAAACAGAGAAAACGCCCGCAGAAGCGGAUGUCUGAACGCGGAACACCCAGACGUGCACGGACAUUACCGAGAGGCCGGCGUGACGCAGCGCAAACAUCACUGGUGGUGGAAGUUGCACUUUGUGUGGGAGAGGGUGAAUGUCAUGCAGGGAUACGAUGGCUCGGUCCUCCUCCUGGAGGAGAACAACUACGUCUUGCCGGACUUGUUCCACUUCUACACGGCCAUGGCGGACCUGAAGAAAAGCAGCUGCCAGGACUGUGACCUGCUGGCGUUGGGGAGCCACCAAGACCGUAGCAACUUAAGCAACCACGUGAGCACAGGAUGGAUGUCCACCAAGACCAGCGUGGGCCUGGCACUGGACAGGGACGUGUACUACAAGCUAAUGGGUUGCGCCAAGGAGUUCUGCACGUACGACGACUACAACUGGGACUGGACUUUGCAGCACCUCUCUGGAAGCUGCCUCUCCAAGCCCCUCAAAGUGCUCGCCGCUCAGGGCGGCAGGGUUCUUCACACUGGAGACGGCGGGCCAGGCAUUGCCUCACAGAAGGGGGAGGAGGCGUUGGAGAUGGCCAAAGACGGCCUCUUCCCGCCGUCUCUGGUGCUUGGCACCUCUGAGGCACCGCACCUCAAUACGCAGGUGAAGAACGGGGGGUGGGGCGACGUGCGGGACCACGUGCUGUGCAGAAACUAUGCCAAACUUCUCUGAAACAUCACAGAAACACACACACAAUCAUGUCUGAAACAUCACACAAUCAUACACAAACAUGUCUGAAACAUGACUCAAUCACACACACAAAAAUGGUUGAAAAAUUACACAAUCACACACAAACAUGUCUGAAACCUCACACAAUCACACACACAAACAUGUCUGAAACAUCACAGAAUCACACGCGAACAUGUCUGAAACAAACAUCACACAAUUACACAAACAUGUCUAAAUAUGUCUGAAACAUCCCACGAUCACACACAAACAUGUCUGAAACAUCACACGAUCACACGCAAAUAUGUCUGAAAGAUCAAACACAAACAUAUCUGAAACAUCACACAAUCACACACAAACAUGUCUGAAACAUCAAACAAUCAUACACAAACAUGUCUAAAACAUGACACAAUCACGCAGAAACAUGUCUUAAACAUCCAACACAAACAUGUCUGAAACAUCACACAAACAUGUCACAAACAUCACACAAUCACAUACAAACAUGUCUGAAGCGUCACACAAAGUUGUCUGAAACAUCACACAAACAUGUCUGCAACAUCACACAAUCACACAAAAACAUGUCUAAAAAAUCAAACAAACAUGUCUGAAACAUCACACAAACAUGUCUGAAACAUGACAGAGUCACACGCAAACAUGUCUGAAACAUCACACACAAACAUUACACACAAACAUGUCGGAAACAUUACACAAUCACACACAAACAUGUCUGAAACAUGACACAAUCACACACAAACAUGUCUGAAAUAUGACACAAUCUCACACAAACAUGUCUGAAACAUGACACAAUCUCACACAAACAUGCUUUAAACAUCACACAAACAUGUCUGAAACAUGACUCAAUCUCAGAAACAUGUCUGAAACAUGACACAAUCACACAUAAACAUGUCUGAAACAUGACACAAUUACACACAAACAUGUCUGAAACAUGACACAAUCACACACAAACAUGUCUGAAACAUGACACUAUCUCACACAAACAUGCCUGAAACAUGACACAAUCACACACAAACAUGUCUGAAGCAUGACACACAAACAUGUCUGAAACAUCACACAAUCAUACACAAACAUAUCUGAAACAUCAAACAAUCUCACACAAACAUGUCUGAAACAUCACACACAAACAUGUCUGGAACAUUACACACAAAGAUGUCUGAAACAUCACACAAUCAUGCUCAAACAUGUCUGAAACAUGACAUAAUUGCACAAGAACAUGUCUAAAACAUGACAAUCUCACACAAACAUGGCUGAAACAUGACACACAAACAUGUCUGAAACAUGACACAAUCUCAUACAAACAUGCCUGAAACAUGACACAAUCACACAUAAACAUGUUUGAAACAUGACACAAUCACACACAAACAUGUCUGAAACAUGACACAAGCUCACACAAACAUGCCUGAAACAUGACACAAUCACACACAAACAUGUCUGAAACAUGACACACAAACAUGUCUGAAACAUGACACAAUCUCACACAAACAUGCCUGAAACAUGACACAAUCACACACAUGUCUGAAACAACACACAAUCACACACAAACUUGUCACAUAAGUCAUCACUCUUUCGAGCUUCACCAAAGAGUGGUUGAUGUGCGUUUGAGGUGUGCAUUGUCAUGUUUUCUGCGGUGUUGUGUAUUGUGUCUGCUAUGUUUUUACAACACAACUGUGAAUGUUUUUAUUCUUGCAUCGUUUCAAGCCAAGGUGACACAAUUUGCAGAAAUUAAACACAAAAGUGUGUAAAAAUAAAGACUAAAUGGUUGAUAAUAAUUUCUGUACAUAAGAAAGAUUUGUCUUUGAGGAUAUUAAACAAUUAAAAUAAUAAUGAUCAAUAAAAUAAUGUGGCUCCACUGCAAAGAUUUUGUACACGUAAAUGUACACAAUUUAGUGUACUUUUUGUGGUACAUAUUGAAGUGCACUUUUGAUUUAUUAUUUAAUGAAGGACACUAAUUCACCAUGUUAUGGUUUUUGAACUUCCCUGCUUUGUGUUGGUUAUUGAACGCAACAAUGAAAACUUGAUUUAUUGAUUUUUUGUUGGUCAUUCAGCGCAACAACUCAAACAUGAUUUAUUGAUUUUGUGUUGGUCAUUGAGUGCAAAAAUGCAAACAUGAUUUAUUGAUUUUGUGUUGGUCAUUGAACGCAAACAAUGCAAACUUGAUUGAUUUUGUGUUGGUCAUUGAACACAAACAAUGCACACUUGAUUUAUUUUGUGUUGUUCACUGAACGCAAACUUAAUUAAUUGAUUUUGUGUUGGUCAUUAAAUGCAACAAUGCAAACUUGAUUGAUUGAUUUUGUGUUGGUCAUUAAAUACAACAAUGCAAACUUGAUUGACUGAUUUUGUGUUGGUCAUUGAAUGCAACAAUGCCAACAUGAUUAAUUGAUUUUGUGUUGUAAUUGAACGCAACAAUGCAAACUGGAUUGAUUUUGUUUUGGUCUUUGAAUGCAACAAUUCAAACUCGAUUGAUUUUGUGUUGGUCAUUGAAUGCAACAAUGCCAACAUGAUUCAUUGAUUUUGUGUUGGUCAUUGAAUGCAACAAUGCCAACAUGAUUCAUUGAUUUUGUGUUGGUCAUUUAAUGCAACAAUGCCAACUUGAUUCAAUGAUUUUGUGUUGGUCAUUGAACGCAUCAAUGCAAACUUGAUUCAUUUUGUGUUGGUCAUUGAAUGAAAAAAUGCAAACUUGGUUGAUUUUGUGUUGGUCAUUUAAUGUAACAAUGCCAACAUGAUUCAUUGAUUUUGUGUUGGUCAUUUAAUGCAACAAUGCCAACUUGAUUCAAUGAUUUUGUGUUGGUCAUUGAACGCAUCAAUGCAAACUUGAUUCAUUUUGUGUUGGUCAUUGAAUGAAAAAAUGCAAACUUGGUUGAUUUUGUGUUGGUCAUUUAAUGUAACAAUGCCAACAUGAUUAAUUGAUUUUGUGUUGGUCAUUGAACGCACCAAUGCAAACUUGAUUUAUUGAUUUUGUGUUGGUCAUUGAACACAACAAUGCAAACUUGAUUGAUUAAUUUGAUAUUUCGAACUGUAUAAACGUGACCGUUUGGAAUCAUGUCCCCCUCGUGAAACAAACAUUAAAGUUUGUUGUUAGGGGUUUACAAUCCUAUUGCUGAUGUCAGUGCUAAGUGCCUUAUUUAAGUAUCAAGCUACAACUUACUGUAGUUAUUGAAUGAUUAUUGACGAUGAAUCGAUACAGUGUCAGUACACAAAUACACCUCGUGCCUUAUGAAUAUGAAUGUACUUGAGUUAUACCUGAUCAAAAAAUAUAGUGGGCAUAUGUUGCUGGGGAUAAAUAUGCUGUAUAUAGUUGGCAUAAUGUUUGCAUACAUUCCUUGAUAAUCAAUGUGAAAUCUGAUUAUUGUAAUAUCUUUUCAUUGCUCAGAAUGAGGGUGGGUAGGAAUAAAAAUGUUGUAAACUGCA